AUGUUGAUAGACAGGAACAAAAAGGACCUCGCUUGGAAGAGGGUCAGUGAGGAGAUUGGGCAACCUGGUAUUGGUGUUGAUGAUAUGUUCAUAAUGAUCUCCUGCUGGCAGAAGACUAAUGUUCAUGAUGAAGUUGAAGAACGUUUAGCAGCAACAUAUAAAGAGGCAGCUGUUUCCAUCACUAUCACCACACUGACAGAUGUGAUCUCUUUCUACAUAGGUCUCUUGACUCCCUUCCGCUCAGUACAAUCUUUCUGCAUGUAUGCUAGCACAGCUAUUCUCUUCUGUUACUUCCUUAACAUUACAUUCUUUGGCGCCUAUCUUGCAUUGAAUGGAAGGCGAGAAAAAGGUAACAAGCACUGGCUGACUUGUAUGGAAGUCCAAAAAGCCAAUGGUGGUGGUGCAACUGGCAAUAUGUGUUGUAUUGGUGGUGCUUUUAAUGAAAACACUGGUACUGAUUUAGAAAUGCCAAUGGAUAUAUGCUUUAAAAAGCACUAUGGGCCAUUUCUGACAAAGACCUCGGUUAAGAUGUUUGUGUGUUUUUUCUUUGCUGGUUAUUUGGCAGUCAGCAUUUAUGGAUGCUUAAAAAUAAAAGAGGGACUUGAUCUGAAAAAUUUAGCUGCUGACAACUCGUAUGUGGGCAAUUACUACAAUGAUGAGGAUCAAUAUUUUUCUGCUUAUGGUCCCAAUGUCAUGUUGGUUAUAACAGAUGAACACUUUCAGUACUGGAAUGCAACUGCUCGUGAACACCUUGACAGGUGUCUGGAAAAUUUUCAGAAUCUUUCAAUGGCAUCAAAAGAUUCAGAAAUUUCAUUAAUUUCUUGGCUUCAUGCAUAUUUGAAGUAUGGAAAGAAUAUUACAGAUAAUGAAACACAUUUCAAAAGUAAUAUAAAUGAAUUUCUUAAUAUUGCUGGUUUUAGUCAGGAUGUUAACUUUACUAACAAUCAAAUUCACGCAUCACGCAUGUUCAUUCAGACGGUGAACAUAAGAACAUCAUUCGAUCAGAGGGACAUGCUAAAUGCAUUUAGAGAAACAGCAGAAAAAUGUGAAAAGUUGCCAACACCCAUUAUUCUAACAGUAUAUCCUUUGUUUAUCUAUUAUGAUCAAUAUGCUGUUAUAGUCAGUAACACAAUCCAAAAUGUAAUAGCGACUUCAUGUGCAAUGUUAGUUAUUUCACUCUUGUUGAUUCCCAAUCCUCUCUGUUCUCUCUGGGUGACAUUUGCCAUUGCAUCUGUUUUUGUGGGUGUGGCUGGUUUUAUGGCACUAUGGGACGUUAGUUUAGACUCUGUAUCUAUGAUCAUUCUUAUUAUCUGUAUUGGGUUUUCUGUGGACUUCUCUGCACACAUAUCCUAUGCUUUUGUGUCCAGCAAAAAAUCUUCAGCGAAUGAGAAAGCCAUAGAUGCCAUCUAUCAUCUGGGCUAUCCAAUAAUACAAGGUGCAGUGUCCACUAUUGCAGGUGUAGUUGUGCUUGCGGCAGCAGAGAGUUGUAUUUUCAGAACCUUCUUUAAAAUCAUGUUCUUAGUCAUUAUUAUUGGGGCCACCCAUGGCAUCAUGUUCAUACCUGUGUUUUUGACCUUCUUUGGCACUUGUGACCACAUGUCUUGUGCCAAAUGUGGAAAAAAUAAACAGAGUCAAGGGCGUUCUGAGCACAGUGACAUAAAGGAUCAGAAAGUAGUAACAGUAAUGAGUCAAAAUGUCAUUAUCCAGACUGAUACCAAAUGUAGUACUUCAAAUAAUGUCUACAAUUGCGGCAUUGAUCGUAGGACAGCUAUGCCGAUAUUUAUCACCCUGAAGAAUGGAGCAUUGCCAUUUGAUCCUGACUGUUACUGAGUUUAAAUUUCUUCAUACAUGUAAUGUUUAUAAUGGCUUGGCAAAGCUAACAUACUAUUAUCCUACACUUGGUUUAGGGUGAUUUAUAUAUUUUUUUUCACUAACUCCAAGUGCUUUCAAGUUAAACAUUCACCAAAUUUGGCACAGACUAUGAGUCCUGUUCUGACUUAGGGGCCAUUCACACCGAACGCAUCCUUGCACUAAAUAAACUUGUCACACCACCACAAACAGAAAGGAACACAGGUUCUUUGAGAUGCAUCUUUAAAAAUUGAAAUUAAAAUCUUUUUAACUUUGUAUAAUUUCUUCUCUUUGCAUACAAUGAAUGAAGUUCUCUUCUCAUUUCUGUUGUUUUCUAUCCUGAAAUUUGU